GCCCUGCAGUAAUCUUUGGCCUCAUACCAAGUCCUCCUCCUGUUUAGGCGAUCUGGAAACAACUGGGACACAAGACAAACAUGUAUUGUUGGUCCUUGCGUCCUCCUGUACUGUUGAGGAGUUCAGCUGUAAAUCUGGAGAAUGUGUUUCUGCUGGAGUCACCUGUGACUUCAGGAAGGACUGUAAAGAUGGCUCAGAAAUGGAGUUUUGUGGCUCAUGUAACUUUGAGAAUCACACCUGCGGAUGGAACGAUACCAGUGACUCCUACAGCUGGAGACGGCAGUUGGCAAAUGUCACCUCAGUACCUGGACAGGACCACACCACAGGAAGUCCAUGGGGACAUGUCAUGCACAUAGGUGGCAAACAAGGUGGUUUCUCUCCAACGGCUACCUUAGAGUACACAGUUGAUAGCCAGGCUGCUCUGGGAUGCCAGAUCAGCUUUUGGUAUCACAUUUACGAUAAUACCUCAUCAUCAUGGUCACAACCCCUUAAACUAACGAUGGUCCGAGGCCUCACAGAGACGACGUUGGAUGAGAUUUCUAAAAGUCAUACGGACGGAUGGGAGAUGUCUAAAGCCUUUAUUGGUAAUCAACCAGGAGGAUAUACGCUGCAGUUCUUAUUCAGCGCCUCAAUAUUCGCAGUCAAAGACGUGAUGCUGGAUGAUAUCAGCUUUGAGAACUGUUUGGAAGGAGAUGUCCCAGCUGGAUCAGACAAACUGUCAUGCGAUUUUGAAAAGGACACCUGCUCAUGGUAUCAUGAUUAUACUGCCAGUCUGUUGUGGGAAAGGAGUGAAGGAGGAUUCUUUGAAGGCCCUGCUGGUAAUGGUUACUACAUGCUCAUAAGCACUGAAUCCAAGCCAAAUAUCUCAUCAGUGGCCAGACUCAUCAGCUUUCCCCAACCUGUGGGUGGAGUCAUAUGUGUGAGCUUCUCAUACCACAUAUUUGGCAACAGCAUCGGAUCAUUGAAGUUUAUAUCAAAGCACUCUGGUGAGGCAGAGACAGUUGUAUGGAUGAGGAGCGGCACCCAAGGAAACAAAUGGAGAUUUGUUGAUCUGACCUUCUACAAUGAAAAGCCAAUACAGUUCAUUAUAGAAGCAGUGGUUGGUGGACAUCAAGGCAGCAUUGCUAUUGAUAACAUAUUGGUUACCAGCGGUGAGAAUGGAUCUUGUCCUGCAGAGCGAGAGUGCACCUUCCAGGGCUCCCUCUGUGGUCUGCUGCCCCAACCGUCUGCAAACUUCACCUGGGACCGCAUCAGUGGAGCGACCAAACCCUCCAACUCCUCAGGCCCCUCCACAGAUCACACUCUGGGGACAGAGCAAGGCUAUUACCUGAGUGCCCAGCUGUGGAAUCACACUGAGGGGUCCAAAGUAGCAGUGAUGACAGCGCUGAUGGAGCCCACCCCUCCUGAAGGGGAGUGCUUAAUGUUCUGGUACUACAUGGAGGGAAGCAGAGUGGGGGAACUUCAUGUCUAUGUACAAACGCCUGAAAGCAAGGUACCCUCGGCCCGGCUCUGGACCAGGAGAGGUGAUCAGGGGAAGCACUGGCGGCAUGGCAGAGUGACGCUCCUCAGUCCAAGCAGUUCGUAUCAGGUGGUUUUUGAAGCGGUGGUCGGGGAGGAACCGUUGAGAGACAUCGCCCUUGACGACCUCACUGUCUUGAAUGGUGCUUGUCCUCCACAAGGUUUUUGUGACUUUGAGAUGGACCUCUGUGGUUGGGUGAACAGUCCUCCAGCAGAGUCUGGGGUGGACUGGGACUGGCUCUCGGGUGACAGUAAGGGUAAUCUCGUUCCAGCUAGAGACCACACCACAGAUUCUUCCCUGGGCCACUUUGUGUUCUUUGGUCCCUUUGAGCCUGAUAGAGAAAAAACUUCCCUUCUGGAGAGUGAGACGAUGGAGGCCGUGGACAGAGCUUGUCUGGAAAUCUGGCACUAUGCCAAUGGGUGGAGCGCUGGGCCCUCAAAAAUUACACUGACAGUGUUUGUGAAUGAGACUGCUGAACUGCGUCCUGUAUGGAGUACAAAUGGAUACACUAACCGCACAUGGAUCAGAAACAGAGUGGAUUAUAAGGCAUCAGGACUCCAUCAAAUUGUUUUGCAAGCCACUUGUCCCAAGUCACAGGACAACAGCUUUGCCCUGGACGACAUCCACAUCAUCAGGAACAUGUCCUGUGAGGACAUGAUACCCACCACCACCCCAAUCCCUGACACCACACCCACCACUGCUCCUGCCUCUGCCAUGGACUGCACCUUUGAGCAAGGUCUAUGCAGUUGGGUCCAGGAGGUCAGUGAUGAUUUGAACUGGACUCUCAGUCAUGGACUUGAAUUGGAGCAGCCAUGGGAUGGACCUCAGUAUGAUCACACUGUUGGAAAUAAUCAAGGUUUCUUCUUACUGCUGAAUGGAUCUGGAUCAAAGGAUGGGGAGAGAGCUGUCAUCUCUGUUCCUGUCAUUGAUGUAGCAUCUGAUUUCUGUGUCAGAUUCUGGUACCACAUGCUCGGACCUUCAGUGUCCAGUCUGGAUCUGCUCGUUCAGACAAAAUCCUCUGAGGCGUUGUUGUGGACUCGCAAAGGGAGCCAGAAUCCAGAGUGGAUAAAUGCACAAGUAACCAUCAGCAUGAACAGUGUAACACAGCUCAUGUUCACUGGCCAUAGAAACACUGACGGUAAAGGAUUUAUCGCCAUCGAUGACAUUACAGUGAAAGAAGGGGCCUGCAAUAACAAUGAUGCUUGCGGGUUCGAUUCCAGUUUAUGUGGCUUUCAGAACGAUGUGGGACAUAAAGGUCUGUGGGGUCGCAAACAAGGCACAAAAUCUCAAGUGGAUCACACGUAUGGAACUGAAAACGGUUUCUACAUGACUGUCAUGACUUCAAACUCCACACAGAACGAAGUGGCCCAGCUGCUCACUCCUAUUUUUCCCUUGGCUUCAGAGAUGUGUGUUCGUUUCUGGUACUGGCUACCUGCAGGGCCUUCCAAUAGCCUUUCUGUGCAUGUGAUGCGAAGUGGAGAUACAGGGGAUGCACUUUGGGAGCAAUCUGAAGCGCCCUCGUCAGGCUGGGAGGUUGCAGAGGUCACUGUGAACUCCCCUCCAAAUUUCUAUGUGGUGUUUAGAGCAGCCCACGUGCCAGGGUCUGACUCUACAGUGAAACUAGAUGAUGUUUCUGUGAGAGACGGGGCCUGCAGUCCUCCAGGCAGCUGUGACUUUGAGUCUGGCCCUUGCAACUGGAUCAAUAUCCACAAAGAAGGAGGUCAUGAGUGGGUGCUUGUCAAUGGAGGCUUCCAUGGGCCACCUACAGACCACACCACUCAGACCCCAGAGGGCCGUUUCUUGUUGAGCUCAGCUCUGCACCAGAAGCACAGCAGCGUGGCUCAGGCCAUGUCAGAAUGGAUCCACCUGAGAGACACCACCUCCUGUCUCACCUUGUGGUACCGACUCAACAGCAGUGACUCUGGGACUCUGAAUGUGUACAUGCGUUCAGGUCUGUCAGAGCAGGAUUUGGUGUUCAGUAAUAGCAGCAGUGGAAGCAGCUGGACCAGGUUCUCUCAGACUAUAGAGAGGAACAAACCUUUCCAGCUGCUGAUCGAGGCCGAGGCUAACAACAGAGGAUUUAUUGCCGUUGAUGACAUCAGUGUCACACCUGGCAUCUGUCAAGGGAAUGAAACAACUUCGGGAUUUGUUGGUUGUUCAUUUGAAAACGGCACAUGUGGCUGGGAGGACAUCAGUGGUGGCCAGCUUCAGUGGACAAGAGGAAGGAAUGCUACAGGGAACAUUGGACCCUCUGUGGACAACACGUUGGGGAGUGAGCUGGGUUGGUAUGUUGCUGUGGAGUCUGACCGAGGAACUCAAAUGAGCCCAGCCACCAUUCAAAGUCCCAGCAUGAAACAAGCCAGCACCACCUGCACACUCCACUUCUACUACAACAUGUUUGGAGAGGACAUAGAAGGGCUCAGAGUGCUGUUAAACGAAGGUCCCAGAAGCACUACACUGUGGUGGCUAUCUGGUAACCAUGGAGACUCAUGGCAUCACGGUGAGGUGACAGUCGGGCGAACCCCUCAGGACUUCACCAUCCUGUUUGAAGCCUCUAGAGCUUUCACCAAGCGUGGACACAUAGCUGUAGACGACAUCAUUUUCACCAGCUGCUCUCUGCCAGAGCCUCAGCCUGAGUGUCCAGAGGAUAUGUUCAAGUGCAAGAACAGUGUGUGUAUAGACCACAAGCAAAGGUGCGACUUUAGUGAUGACUGUGGGGACUGGUCUGACGAGAACGACUGUGAGCAACAAGGUUUUGAGGAGCGCUGCAGCUUCGAGCAGGGCCUGUGUUCCUGGGUAGGAAGUGAUGUGGACACACCUGAAGCGGAGUGGACCCGUCGCAAAGGGCAGGAAGCCUGGCCCGAACACGGGCCUCCUAGAGAUCACACCCAAAACUCUGCUGCAGGUCACUAUGUUAUCCCUGGGACUCACCUAACAGAGAAGGGCCAGACAUCAGAGAUUCUGUCCAAAACCUUACUACCCAGCUUAAACUGCACUGUGAGAUUCUUCUACUUCAGCCUGGAUGAUACCACAGCCAGACUGACCGCCCAGCUCAGGAAGCAGAGGUCUGGGAGCGAUGACUCUGUGUUGUGGCUCAGAGAGGACUCACAGUCUUACAGCUGGCAGAGAGCAGAGUUCAUGUUCUCCUCCUCUGUCAAAAGCAAGAUUGUCCACAGGUAUGAGAGGGUUGAAGAUCGCAGAGGGCUGGUUGCACUGGAUGACAUCUCUUUCUCCAGGGAAUGUUUAUUUGACCCUGACAACAACAAACUACCUGACACAUCACCCACCUCUGCACCACCAACUCCUCCAGCCCCAACCUCAACUGCGCCCCCCAGCCCCUGUCAGGAUGAUGAGUUUUUCUGUUGGCGUUCAGCUGGAGACGUGUGCGUUUCAGCUACUUUAAAGUGUGACUAUCACCCAGACUGCGAGUAUGGUGAAGACGAGGUUUGCUGUGGUCCGUGCACAUUCGAGAGGGACCAAUGCAAAUGGACUGACACUGGAGCAGGACAGAGCAGAUGGCAGAGGCAGAAAGCCAGUAACAACACUGAGCCGCCUACUGAUCACACUAUAGGCACAGGUUAUUACAUGAGAGUGAAUUUCAGUCAGAGCUCCACACAAAAUGAGGCCCGACUCAAGAGUCCCCCACUGCCCCCUUCAUCCCUCUACUGCCAGAUCAAGUUUCACUUCCACAUCAACGCAGAGAGUGCUGGGUCACUCAGAGUGCUUAUGCAGCAAGCUGACGGGAGUGAAGCAAUCCUGUGGUCACGCAGUCACAACACGGGCUCCCACUGGACCCCAGAGCAGCUGCCACUCGGCCUGCACCAGCAGCCUUAUACGGUUUGGUUCAGUGCCAUUCAAUCAGACAGCACUGCUCGAGAUCACAUAGUUGCAGUGGAUGAUAUCUCUUUUCUAAACUGUGAAAAAUCCUACCAACCUCCAGCUCUGUCUGCCUGUGGCUGCUCUUUUGAAGACAGUCUAUGCAGUUGGGUUCAGGGGGCUGAGGAUGAGCUAGACUGGCUCAGCAGGUCCGGUCCCACUGAAACACCAAACACCGGGCCUGCAGGAGACCACACCACCGGCAAAGGAAAAUACAUUUACAUCAAGAGUGCCCUGCCAAGUGUGAAGGGAAAUAUCGCAGGACUGAAAUCCUCACUGAUGCCUCCUGCUGGUGAAACAGGAUAUUGUUUCACAUUUUGGUUCCACAUGUUCGGACCAACUGUGGGUUCCUUGAGGAUGCUUCUACAGAAAGCUGAACCCCUGAAGAAAACACUAGUGUGGCAAAAAUCAGGAGAUCAGGGGGAUGAGUGGCAGCUGGUGCGGAUCCACGUGACCCUGCAGACAGUCCACCAAGUGAUUCUUGAGGCCACAGUGGGAGGAGAGGCGGGAGAUAUCGCCAUCGAUGACAUCUCCAUCGUCAGUGGACCAUGUCCAGCCUCAGAUGUUUGUGACUUUGAGGAAGGCAGCUGUAACUGGCAGCAGCAUACCACAGAUGACUUUGACUGGGUCAGACAGUCUGGCCCCACCUUUAACCCCAAUACCGGGCCGGACAGUGACCACACCACAAACACACCCACGGGACAUUACUACUUCCUGCCCUCAUCUGAGGAAAACACCGCUGGCCAAACGGCAAAGAUGUCCUCACCACUUUACCCUGCAGGUAAAGGAGCCUGUGUGCAGCUGUGGUAUCACAUGUAUGGUGUAGACAUGGGGUCACUGAACAUCUACCAGCAGACCGAAGACGAGAAGCAAGCUCUGAUUUUCUCUCAGACUGGAGACCAGGGCCGGCUGUGGAGGUUCGCUCAGGCUUCACUUCUGCCCCGGGUUCAGUCUUACAGGAUUGUGGUGGAAGGUGUAAAGGCUGGCCCCACGCAGGAAGGAGACAUGGCCUUUGACGACGUUCAGCUGACAGACGUUCAGUGUCCUCCUCAUGGACGUUGUGACUUUGAGAACAACAUCUGCAGCUGGACCAACUUGGGAGGAGAAGUGGACCAGGGAGACUGGCUCCGAGGCCGAGGAGCCUCCCCGAACCCCAACACCGGGCCCAGUGUUGAUCACACCACAAACUCUACACACGGUUACUAUCUGUAUGUGGACAGCUCAGUGGGUGAGUGGGGAGACAUGUCCUUCCUGAUCAGUGAUGUGUUCCAGCCGUCCACCAGAGGUCACUGUCUGUCAUUCUGGUAUCACAUGUAUGGCAGCCAUGUCGGGACUCUCAGGGUUUACAUAAACGACAGAAACAUGCACACUGGUGGAAACGAUGAAGGGAGUCUGAAGUGGAUCGAGACGGGAAACAGAGGAGACAAGUGGAUUGAGGCUAGAGUGCCUAUUAAACAUAAAGAGGCAUUUUGGUUUGUGUUUGUGUAUCAGAGAGGGAUGAACACAGGCGGGGAUGUUGCUCUUGAUGACAUCAUCAUCCUCCCUGGGGGAUGCUACUCAGAGCCCCCUUCUGAAACUAACAAUGAAACAUCUGUGGGUUUGGUAGUUGGUGUCACUCUGCUGGCUGGAAUCAUCAUCAUCAUCUUCAUCAUAAUUCUGAACAGGAAAUGGAGAACAAUAAAUGAGGGGACACUUCUGCACGACUCAACUGACCAAACCUCUGCGUUGGACCUCUUUGAGAGCAAAACAGAUGGCACACAUCAUGAAUCUGACUUCUCCUUCUUCAACAAUCUGUACGACCCAUCACCAGAUAUAACUGACACCACUGUGGCCUCAUCUGAUGCUUAGUGCAGAUUAACAACUACGAUUAAACAAAUAAACCACAUUCACUUUGUA